AUGGGGUUAGAGACGCACUUGCUUAACGAUAGUAUGCCGGUCUCACUUCAGGUAGACAUGGAUAUUUCUUCUAUUCAUGCAUACACUCCAGGUGAAGAGGAGCGUAAGAAGAAGCAGAGGGCAGAUCGUGAGCAUGAUAGGACCCAUAAUAAGAAAGUGAGGUCUUCGAGUCCUUCUGGACAUGGUCAGAAUUCCAAGGCCUCAGGUUCUCAAAAUAGGGGUGAGUCAAGUCAGACGAGGCCGCUCUUGCCAAGAUGUGCUCAGUGUGAUAAGCAACAUGCUGGGCAGUGUCGUAUGUGGUUUGGUGUUUGUUAUACUUGGGGUUAUCCGGGCCACAUUAUGAGGGAUUGUCCGAAGAGAGGUGAUGCAAGCAUAGCUCAGCCAGGGGGAUUGGUAUCUUGUUUGUCAUCAUCAAUCCACCCCCCUGGGCAAGGUUCACAAGCACCGAUGAGUCGUGGUAGAGGCAUAGGGGGAGCGUCUAGCUCGAACGAUCCUCAAAACCUCAUUUAUGCCUUGGCAGGACGACAACAUCAAGAGUCAUCGCCUGAUGUUUUUACAGGUAAACUGGCUAGCAACGGCCGCUCAGCAGGAGCUAUCCCACUCCAGUUCCCGCAGCCCUAUUAG